AUGCCUGCCCCAGGCGAUCAGCAUGCUUCCGUGACGAACCCUUUCGAGGAACCGCGCCAAAAAGUCGCUGAGUGGGCUGCCAAGGACAUUGCUACAAUAUCAGCCAAGCUCGACAAACAGCUUGGUCCCGAAUAUAUCUCUGCCCGUGCAGGUCCUGGUGGCGCCAAGGUCCACUACCUCACCGCUGAGAAGUGCAUCACAUUAGCGAACGAAGUUUUUGGCUUCAACGGCUGGUCAUCGUCAAUUCAGAACAUCCAGGUUGAUUUUGCCGACGAGAACCCACAAACACAGCGCGUCAGCAUAGGCCUGUCGGUCAUUGUUCGAAUCACAUUACGAGACGGGACCUAUCACGAAGACAUAGGCUAUGGCUCCAUCGAAAACGCAAAGGGGAAAGCAAUGGCUUUCGAAAAGGCCAAGAAAGAGGGCACUACUGAUGGAAUGAAGCGUGCCUUGAGAAGUUUUGGCAACGUUUUGGGUAACUGCAUUUAUGACAAAGACUACGUGAAGCAAGUCACUAAGAUCAAGGCCGAGCCUGUCAAGAGGUUUGACCCAGACAACCUUCAUCGACACCCCGAUUUUAUCAAGCGUGAUGUCGUGAGAGCAGGUCCCGCGGUCCCGGCGGCCCCAGCUGCUCCUGUGGUCAAAACCGAGCCUGUACCACCGCUCCCUGUUGCAGAGUCAUUUGAUGACUAUCUUGGAGAGCUCGACGAGGCCGACUUCUGUGUUCCAGAAGAUGGCCACCCAGACGAAAUCAUGCUUUCAACAUCAAUCUUGGGCCCAACUGCGAACGAAAAGCCUUUAGGCAAGCCUCCGGCUCAGCAACCUCAUCAGCAACCCAACCGGUCAGACUCUACUGGACCUCUGAACCGAGCACCGCAAACCCCGGUACAAGGACAACAACGCGCAAAUCCUUCCAAUGGUCCAAAUGCCCUCUCAAAUCGCCCACAGGGUGGACCUUCAGGACGAACAACUCCAAACCAAGCUGGCAACCCUCGCCCACCACCGAAGGCUCCCCAAAAUAUGCCAGAAACCGUAGGCUUUUUCUCUGCGAAGGCUGUUAUCCAAUUGCCUGAGUCUACACUCGAAGGCUCGGGUGACGCCCCCCUUUCAUUGCCACAAGGGCAGCAGGCUUUUAACCCCAAGGCAGAAAGUCCGUCCAUCCGGAAGACCCCAGGCAUCGACCACAAUUCAUCUAAACCUGUCGCAAGGAACGGCCAGCAUGUUGCUCCGACCAAUAGUCAAGCAACGACUGCUGUACCUGCUGCACCUGCUGCACCUGCCCCGCGGUCGAAUACGAGUAGCUUCACUCCUGUGCGGCCGUCCAUGCCUAGUUCUCAGAGUGCACGUGGAAACGUUGUAAACCCCUCGCUCGACCAGACUCGUCGUAUCGGCGCACCAUCUGGCCCUGGUAGUCCUCUUGCAAAUAGGGGUAGUUAUCGGCCACCAGCAAUGAAACGACCACCCCCAGCGGAUGCAAGAACUGCGUUGGCCGACCUCCCUGCUAAUGGGAACGGAGGGGCGACUUCGAAUGCCAACAAUGGAUUGGACGCCAAGAGGCAGAAGAUGACAUAG